AUGCAUGUUCCUUUAUUUCAGGCGGAAUGCAAAGGGUUACGAAACGCACAGUCGAUUCCAGAUAUCGAAACAAGAAUGCUUGGCAGAAUUGUGCUAAGGCACAAGGAAAUAUGUAGUGGAAAGGACAAGAAAACGGAAGGCUUCUACAAGGACCGCACAUCAGAGAGAACCAUUCUAGAAAUCUGGGCUCACACAGAAAAGAUUCGAAAAGAUUCGUACGCCAUGAAUAAGUUUGAAGGCGAAGAUCUACGAGAGUCUAACAAAAUUUUACGAGCAAAAAUUUAUGAUGUCGAAAGAGUUGUCUUUGAGUUGCACUGCAGGGACUACAUCAACAGGCACGCGAUUAGUGAUAAAGGCUAUGAAAUUGGAAAAGGUUUGUACCUGGAUUUAUGUGCGUAUGAUCAUUCGUGUCGUCCGAAUACGAUAUUCACCUGUGAUGGAUUUGUUGCGACAUUGAGAGGACUGAAUUCGAAUGUCGAUAUUAAAAAUCGAUCUACCACAUUUUAUACCUACAUUGAUCUAUUGAGUUCACUACAACAGAGGAAAAAACAACUGAAAGAUACAUGGUAUUUUGAUUGUCAGUGUGAGAGAUGCACGGAUCCUUCGGACCAUUUGUUAACCAGCAUCCUUUGCCCAACUUGUCCGGUGAGUUCGAUUUGUUGA